AGGAUUUGGAUCUUAAUAACCGGUCCGGGAUGUGGUUCGAGGCUGUGCCGGGGCUGCUCAUCAUGGGCGUAUGCCUGGUGAUUCCUGGAGUGGCCACUUCUUACAUUCAGAAGUUCUCUAACGGAGGCAAGGAAAAAAGGAUAACCUGCUUUCCUUAUCACUGGGCUAUGAUGGAAAGAGAUCGCCGCAUCUCGGGUGUCAACCGUUACUACGUGUCCAAGGGCUUGGAGAACAUUGAUUAAGGAAGCAGUUUCCUGAUGGAUGCAAAAAUGACUCAGUCACAGUCAUCAGCUCUUGCUAAAAGGUUAUGCAUUAUACUAUGUAAUGCUUAACAAAAAUAAAUCUCAGAAACAUA